UUACUUGUACAUUCUGCAUCGCUAGUUGUACGCAGUCCAGAGUUACGAAUCAAACGUCGCCGUGCCAUCUUAAAAACUUGGCUUUACCCUUUUGCUUGCUGCAAACAAAUCUGAAUCGAAGCCGACGAACAACAAACAAACCCUCUCUAAAAACAUGUCGGCGCUGUUCAAUUUUCACUCGUUUCUAACGGUGGUGCUGUUAGUUAUCUGCACAUGCACUUUCCUCAAGAUGCAGUUUCCGGCGAUCCUUGAACAGAAAACAGGAUUUCGGGGUUUCUUCUGGAAGGCUGCAAGAAUAGGUGAACGGUUGAGCCCGUGGGUGGCGUUUGGGUGCUUCACGAUGGGCGUGUCGAUAAUAUUUUUCUGAGUAACAUUUCACUUAUGUUGGUAAUUGAUUUCUGUAACUUUGUUUAAAUUCCCUUGUAAUAGUAAAGAUUUAUUUGUUUUUGCUUCUUGAAUACAACUUUACUGAUCUAGAUCAA